AUGGCCGAACGCGAACAACAAGAGACUGGAAGAGACUCCGUAGAGCCUGAAACGAGCCGGACUCCAGCAAUAUCGGAAUCUGAAUCUUCAGUGGACGAGGAAGACGGUGCCUUAAAGGACUUGCUCAGAGUCGAUGAACAAUAUGUUCCCCUGUUGACCUUGCUGGAACAGUUUUCCCCUGGAGAAGAUGGCAUCCAAUUCAACAGAAAGUUGAAACACUUUGAGACCACUGUCUCAUCCGUGUGUCCGGACGACUCGCGCGUGCAACAAGCAUUUGCGACGUUCCGCGCGGCGGCUCUGCUGAGCCCAGAGACGGCACGUAAGCUGGUCGCAGUGGGUGUUUCGUUCACUCGCCAGCAGAGACUGCCACUGCUACGUGGAGCCCUGCUUAAUGUCGUCAUGCAGGACACUUUCUCCAAACUGGACCUGCUAGAGCGCUCAAACCCGCUGUUCCUCAUCAACGCUGCGAAUCUGAUGGGAGAUUACUUCGCAGACGCUCGCCUCACUAACGGCGACAAGCUUCACUUUCUGGCUGGACCACUACUGCAAUACCUGCGUGCCUUACUCGCCGCCCAUGAUGUUCGUGCACAUCGCAGUCUCGCAGCCCAAUUGAUGCAGAACGGUCGCGAGCUACUCUCCCUACUACCUCAAGAGAUGGACGAGCUCUCGAUCUCAAUCCGUCUCCGUCUGCUCUCGCCCCCACCGGUCAGUACAACGGCGUGGCUGCUGCUCUCCGCGGACCUUUGCCUCAACAAGUUUCUUGCCCUGCCGAAUACACUGCAACAGUUCUACGCCGCACAUCUCGACCUAACCACGGCAGGAAAUUUCAGUGAAGUCGGCUAUGGAACUUGGAAAAAAAGCCCCGAGAAGAACAAAAAUAAACCGGAUGCUACGAAAAUCGCAGAAAAAGUCAGCCAAAAUAUAUCUGAGAUCAGUCUGAAUGACGAAGAAGAGACGAAGCCUAAUUUGAUGCCGAUAGUAGGCGCCGGAGAUGGGCUAUCAGGGCAGGAAAACCCAAUCUCAGUUAGUCAGGAUACGUUUGAACUAUGGAAUGUUAAAAAUAACUUAAGGAAAAGACACGACCUUAACACUUGGCGUCAGGUAGAAGCGAUGAGAAAUCAUGAAACUAAAUACGAGCAGACUGUUCUCCCGCCAGCACAGUCUUGCCCCGUACCCGACUACCGACCGCCGAACAUAAACGGGAAAUUGAACAGGAGGAGGAUUGGUGGAAAGGAAGACGGAACGACAGCCAAGGCGGCCCCGAGACGCAAUGUCACCGAAGUACCGCGCAGCGCCAAAUACUGGGACCACGACGACCGAUGUGACAAACAUUAUAGUUAG